UUACAAUUUGCAAACAUUUUAAAGAUAGUGAUGUAAAAAAAAUAAAAAGUUAAAAUAUUUGUUGAAAAUACCUUAAUACGCUAAAAUUUUAAUAUUUCCGAUGAAUAAGUUGUACUAUUUUCGAGUUGAUUUUUAAAGAGCUACCAUUGAAAAGGUAAUCAUGCCGCUGGUAAACAUGAAGAAGGCCAGCAAAGCGGCAGCUAAGUCAUCCGGAAAAAGUUUUUCUGUCCGAGUUCAAACAAUGGAUGCAGAGCUUGAGUUCGCAAAUAUUGAACACAAGGCAUCUGGCAAAGAGCUGUUUGAACUGGUCUGCAAGACAAUUGGUCUAAGAGAAACAUGGUAUUUUGGUCUCCAGUAUAUUGAUUCUAAAGGCUAUAUAGCCUGGCUAAAGUUUGAUAAAAAGGUGCUGGAUCAAGAUGUACCUAAAGAAUCUCCUGUAACAUUUUUGUUUCUUGCCAAGUUUUAUCCGGAGGAUGUUUCUGAAGAGUUGAUUCAAGAGAUUACCCAGCAUUUGUUCUUUCUACAAGUGAAACAGUCCAUUCUCAACAUGGAUAUAUACUGUCCACCUGAAGCUUCUGUCUUACUUGCCUCAUAUGCAGUACAGGCAAAGUAUGGUGAUUAUGAUGAGGGAACAUAUAAACCUGGCAUGUUGGCCAGUGAAGAUCUACUACCUCAAAGAGUUAUAGAUCAGUAUCAGAUGACAUCAGAAAUGUGGGAAGAGAGAAUAAAAACAUGGUAUGCUGAUCAGCGAGGAUUUACAAGGAGUGAAGCACAGAUGGAGUAUCUGAAGAUAGCACAAGAAUUUGAGAUGUAUGGUGUCAACUAUUUUCAAAUCAAAAAUAAGAGGAACACAGAUUUAUGGCUAGGUGUCAAUGCUCUUGGUUUGAACAUAUAUGAGAGAGAUAACAGGUUGUCACCAAAUGUCACCUUUCCCUGGAAUGAAAUAAAAAACAUCUCAUUUAAAGAUAAGAAGUUUGUGAUUAAAGCUAUAGACAAGAAGGCACCUGACUUUGUAUUCUAUGCUCCAAAAAUCAGGCUGAAUAAAUUGAUAUUAGAGUUAUGUGUAGGUAAUCAUGAGUUGUUUAUGAGACGUCGUAGACCUGACUCUAUGGAGAUACAACAGAUGAAAGCACAGGCAAGAGAUGAGAAACUUAGAAAACAGAUAGAGAGAACAAGAUACACAAAGGAGAAACAGAUGAAGGAAGAUGCUUUGAGAGAGAAAGAAGAAUUAGAACGAAGAUUAUCACAGUUACAGGACGAUGUUAGAAUUGUUCAAGAUUCUCUUGGAAGAUCGGAGGAGACAGCUGAGUUGUUAGCAGAGAAGGCAAGAAUUGCUGAGGAGGAGGCAUCUCUUCUCUCACAGAAAGCUAAUGAAGCAGAAAAUGAGAAAAAUAGAAUUAGAUUAUCUGCAAUUAAGACAGAGGAGGAGAAAUUAACAAUGGAAUUAAGAGCCAGAGAUGCUGAAUUCAUAGCAACAAGAUUGUUGGAAGAUUCAGAGCAAAGGGUAAGAGAGGCUGAACAAUUGAGAGAAGAGUUACGACAAGCUAAACUGGAAGAAAGAUUGGCAAAGGAAAAACUCCUUGAAAUUACCAGAGGAUCUAUGGCAUAUCCUGAAAUGUUUUCAAUACCUAACUUGACAUCUGACCUAGCGUCCCAUUUGACGUUGUCACCAGAUUUAGGGCCGAACGAGUCGACUACAGAAGCUAACUGUGAUCUCCUAGCAACAACAGAUAUGGCACAACUCUCUCUAGAAAUAGAGAAAGAAAGAGUGGAAUACACAGAAAAAUCAAAGAAUUUAUCAGAUCAUUUAAGAGAACUAAAGACAGAAAUAGAGGUAUUGAAGAAGGAAGAUACAGAGAAUAUGUUAGACAGACUACAUGAAGAAGGUGUACUGAGAGGGGAAACAAAGUACUCAACUUUACGCCAGGCAUCAUCAACGAGUACUCAGUCUAGAGUGACCCUGUUUGAACAGUUGUGAUAUAACAGUAAAGUACAUUAGUGUGAGCUAGCAGAUACCUUGUUCUUAUUGCCAGUAAUCACUUCAUGUAAUAUUUCAAGGAGGUAUCUUCUGUAAUACAAGUGUGUCUGUCUAUGUGUUGGCAUUAUGUAACUUAUAGUCUGUGAUCAGUAUACAUGUCAUGUUUUAAUAUAACUGCUAUAUACAGUUCCAGUUGAUCCACAUAACCUAGAAUGAUGACCUGUAUAAACGUUUAUAUACUGUAGGCCCUCAUUAUCUGAUAUAUGUAAAUGUAUGAACAGAGGUCUAUUUUACCUAAGAACAAUGUUAUCUUUGUAUAUUGUUUUGAAAGAAACAAAGAUAAAAAUCACAAGUUAAAAAUAAAUAUAUUGCAAUAUAAUAAUGGUGUAUAAACUGAGACAAGGUUUGAGGUCUUGUUUUCUUUUUAUUACAAGACUAGUGUACCUCCUGCUUGCCCACUCAUGUAUUGUAAAUAAAAACACUUCAGCCUUUCCUUCUCUAGUAUACGUCAAUAUCAAUAUAUGACUUUUUACCUAAAACUUGAAUAAAAGUUGAAUACAAAGUAUAAUUAUCUUUAACUUGUGAUUAUCUUGUGGUAAUAUAUCAAAUGUAAACUUUAUAAUUGAUUAAUAUUCUAAUCUAACAAAAAAAUGAAGAAAACUACCACAUUCUUACAGAAUCAUCAUUUAGCCUUAACUUUGCUUUAUGUAUGGUUAUUGUUUUAAGAAAACUUGUCUGAAAUGUUCAUGAAUGUGUUACAUAUAUUGAGAGAAGAGUGUUUUACUAUUACUUCUUGCAAUUUUAUAACUCUGUGUAUAAAUGUGUUAUAUGUGAAACUUUAUAUCACUAUGUCUUCCAUUGCUACUUUUGACUGCCAUAUUUAAUGUAUAUACAUGAAUACACUGUUUUAUAAGUAAUGAACAUUGCUUAAAUGUGCAGGUUAUUUGUCCUUUUUUAGCUUGAUUAUUUUAGAGAACAAAUUUGGCUAUUGCUUUAGGUAUGGUGUUGUUGCUUAACAUUUGUUAUAUUUUUUCAUUUCUUUAUACUUGGUCACAAAAAUUAUUUGCGCAAGACCUUCAAUAGAUCUGACUUAACUUGUCCUUGACACCUUCAAGUGGGUAUUUUUCACCUUUGCUUGGUUUUUGCUAUAACUGGCUAUAACUUUGUUUUUCACAGAUGGAUUGUCUUCAUACUUAGUCUCAACAAGCUUUUGGACAUGACUUUUAAGUAGACCAGACUGAAUUUGACCCUGAUGGUCAAUAUAUUGUUUUGUUGUGUUGUUGUUUUUUUUGCUAUAAUUAGCCAUACAUUUGUAAUAAAUUAAUGAAUUGUUCCCACAAAGGACACACUAACCCUUCAGACAAGAUAGUCAAGAAGAUUGAAUUGAACUUUACAUUGACAUUCAAGGUCAAAUUAUUGAAAUUUGCUUAAAGUAGCCAUAAUUUUGUCAAGUUUUAAUGGAUUUGAUUUAUACUUAGGCAAAACAACACUUCUUAUCAUACCAAAUGUUGCAUAAUUUAAAAAUGACCUUGACCUUUAAUGGCCUUGACCGUGAAGGUCAAAUAUUUGCUGAAAUAGUCUUAAAUUGUUUAUUAAUUUACAGGUUUUAUUCAUACUUAAAUAAAACCACACUUAUGAAGAAACUGUUCUGUUUAAUAAUUCUAAUAUGACCUUGACCUUUAAAUGACCUAGACCAUCAAGGUCAUAUUAAUGAAUUUUGCUUAAAUUGUCAUGAUUUUAUUAUCAAUUUACAGAAGUGUGUUUUUUCUCUAAAAUAUCAAUACUUUUUACAAAAC